UCAGCUUCUUCACAAAUUUAAGCAGAAGUUCUGCCAAACAGCUAGCUUCUGCAGCAGCUUAUCAGUUCAGCUGCUUCUCAGAAUACACUAAAAGCAGCCAACAAGCAGAAGCUGCUUUUCACCAGCUUAUCAGAUAAGCUGUUUUUUCAACAAGCAGCAGUGCCAAACAGGGCCAAAAUUUCUUUCAAAACCGCUGAGAUUUUUUUGGCCUGACCCAAAUCAACAAGGCCGUUUGGUCUGGAAAGGGCCCAUCACAUGUUAUUUCCCAGCGCGGCCCGUGGGCAUCGAACUGAUCGAAGCCGCCCCCUAAAUCUGGAGCGCCGCGCCGUCAUCCCAGUCAACGCCUGAUGACUUCCCGUAUGCUCCCGGCGCAUCCCCACCGCGCAACCUGACAUGUGGCAUGAUCCUACCCGCGCCGCAGCGUGGCGAGCACGAGUAGGAACUCUCCCCACUCGCCCGGCCACACUCGAUUCAAGCUGACGUUCUAUUCCCACAAUCCCACUCCAGAAGCUGCCGAGACCGAGAGAGCCUGCGGAUUACACGCAUCUCGCCGACCCCCGCCCCCCAUGGCCGAUCUCCGCCCGCCGGAGCCGGGCACGAACGGCUCCAGCGCCGGCGUGGUCGCCGCGCUGCCGGCCGUGGAGGCCGUAGCGGCCGCAGAGACCGCCAUGGCCGCCACGGGCGGACCACAGCCGCCCGCGCCGCCCUACUCCAAGCGACGCCGCCGCCCCAGCGUCCGCCUCGGGGACAUCGACGCUCCGCCCCCGCGCCGCAACCACAAGCCGCCGUCCUCGUCGCACCCGCGCCCGCCGCGCCGCGCGCACCCGGACGACCUCGACCCGCACGCGCACAGCCGCCGGGGGUCCAAGCCGCCGGCGCAGCGCCGCCCGCGGACCGCCUGGAUUCCCGCCGCGCCCGCUUCGGCGGGGCCCGCCGAGGGCUACGACGACGACGAGGAGCGCUACUACGACGACGAGGACCAGUCCGACUCCGCGGCCGCCGCCGCCGCGAGGGCUAGGGUUUCGGGCAGCCGCGACGCCAGCGGCGACGAGUCGGACGGGGUGGCGGACUGGGGCCUCCCCAACGGUCGCCUUCCCUCCGCGACGGGGUAUGGCGGCGUCAAGGCCUGGCUCGAUGGGUUGGGGCUUUCUCGGUACGCGCCCGUCUUUGAGAUCCAUGAGGUGGACGACGAGGUGCUCCCCAUGCUCACGCUGGAGGACCUCAAGGACAUGGGCAUUGGGGCUGUUGGCUCCAGGAGGAAGAUGUACGCCGCCAUCCUCAAGCUCCGGAGCGACAACGCGUCCUGAGUUGGGACCGGCUUCUUUGUUUUGACCUUGCACAUCUUGCGAGAAAUCAAUCAAAAAGAAGAUCUCUUUUGAAAUAUGUGUGCCUCUUGAGCCUCCCUUAAGGCCAGGGUUUGAUGAACAGAAUCCAAUGUUCUAAAGGGCUAUUGAGGUCAACCCACAAUCUCCAUAGGAAUAAUUCCUUGUCGAAUGAGAGUAGCAAUUGUUCGCCUGACUUGUUUCGAUAAUAAAGUCAACACCAAGUUCCACAAUUAAUCUUUUAUUCAUACAUUUUGCAUCAUGAUUUAACCAAAUUGGAUAAAUCUUGAGCAUAAAUGAUGUUGGAGAUCGUUCAUGAAUGUUGUUUCCAUCGUUUUUGUGCAUAUUUUGUUGAAAUUAAUGCAUCAAUUGCCCAUUGAUUGUUAUGAUGAGAAAACACUGUACAUUACAUUUUAUAGUAUAAGUUUUUUUUUUAA